AACCUACAUGAGAUGUGGUUUGUUUGUCCGACCUCCCUCCCCUUUCUUCUUUUGAGAGAGAGACAGAAACUUGAGAACCUUAUCUUCAGACUCUUCCAUUCAUCAAUCAUCGUGUCACUAUUCAACUAAUAAUAUUGAGAUUCUUUUUUAAUUUGAGGAAGACAUAUAUUCAAUUAUUCAAAGAUCCCUGAUUAAUCGUGGGUUGAUGGAGAAGUUGGUUUUUGUUAGAGAGCUUCACGCUCGAUUGAUUAAAACUAACCGCCACACUGACCCAUCGUCGAUAUUCGAUGUAAUUCGAUCGUACUCUCUUCGGCCGAGUCAUUUGCACACAACCCUUUUUGUAUUUGACCGAAUUGAAAGACCCACGUUGUCGAUUUGGAACAUUGUGAUCCGAUGCUAUUCGCAGAGCAAUCGUCCUAUUUUUGCACUCCAGCUGUUCGAUGAAAUGCGCGACCGAGGAUUGAUGGGUAAUAACCUGACCUCAAUAUAUGUUUUAAAAGCUUGUGGUCGUGCUCAAGAUGCUGGUUUUGGAGGGAAAGUUCACGCUCUUUCGUUUAAGAUGGGGUUCAUAUCCUAUCUUUAUGUUUGUAACUCUCUUAUUCAUAUGUAUGCUUCAUGUGGGCAGUUGGAAUGUGCCAAGAGAGUGUUUGACGAAAUGCCUGAGAGAGACUUAGUUUCAUGGAAUUCAAUGAUUUGUGGAUAUAGUCAAUGUAGCAGAUCUAAGGAUGUUUUACGGCUUUUUGACCUUCUCCGAAAAGCAGAUUUGAUCCCUGAUUCAGUAACAAUGGUCAAGGUUAUAUUAGCAUGUAUCAACGUUGGCGACAAGAGUAUUGGAGAGUUUAUGGCCAAGUACAUAAAAGAGAAUAAUGUUGGAAUGGAUGUUUACCCUGGAAACACCUUAAUUGAUAUGUACGGAAAGCAUGGUUCAAUGGGGUUGGCACGUGAAGUAUUUGAUCAAAUGGAGGAACGGAAUGUUGUUUCUUGGAAUGCCAUGAUCUCUGGUUAUGCAAAAGCAGGGGACUUGACUGAGGCAAGGAAACUAUUUGAUCAAAUGCCGAAAAGGGAUGUCAUUUCUUGGACUACUAUAAUCACUGGUUACUCUCGAGGUGAUCAGUUCUCUGACGCAGUGAGUCUCUUUCUGGACAUGAUGAAAACUAAUGUUAAGCCUGAUGAAAUCACGGUUGCUAGUGUGCUCUCUGCUUGUGCUCAUCUAGGAUCACUCGAUAUGGGCAAAGCCAUACAUGACUAUAUCCGUAAGAACAACAUAAAAGAGGAUGUAUACAUUGGGAAUUCUUUGAUAGAUAUGUAUUGCAAAUGUGGUUCAACGGAGAAGGCACUGCAAGUGUUUCAAGAGAUGGAAACGAAGGAUUCAGUUUCCUGGACCUCUGUCAUUUCAGGACUUGCUGUGAACGGAAAUGCAAUUUAUGCCCUUGAACUCUUCUCCAAGAUGUUAAUGGAUAACAUUCAGCCAACGCAUGGAACGUUUGUAGGGAUAUUACUUGCUUGUGCUCAUGCUGGUGUGGUAGAUAAAGGUUUGGAAUAUUUUGAGAGCAUGAAAAGGGAUUACGGAUUGCAGCCAGAAAUGAAACAUUAUGGAUGUGUAGUUGACCUUUUGAGCCGAUCGGGCAAUCUUGAGAGAGCAUAUGAGUUUAUGCUACAAAUGCCGAUAGCUCCAGAUGUUAUAAUAUGGAGAAUGUUACUGGGUGCCUGUAAGCUUCAAGGAAACAUGGUCUUAUCCAAAAUUGCGACCAACAGGCUUCUUGAAAUGGAUCCUUCUAAUAGUGGGAAUUAUAUUCUCUCAUCAAACAUUUUUGCUGGUGCAGAGAGAUGGGACGAUGCAAUGAAAAUGCGAAAGAUGUUGAAAGAUGGUGAUGUGGUAAAACCAUCUGGCUGGAGUUCUCUGCAAGCAAAGAGCUAAUCAAUCAAAGGUUGUUUGCAUCCAUCUUUAAGUGCACUAAGAUACAAGAAGUGUGACGACUGCAACUCGAGGUGAAGAUUGGUGGAGAUUUAUGAACCUGGAUGUUCGUGGAGACUUGAAUGAUGGCAUCUGCACCUAGGUGCUUUGCAAAUGAUAGUCGGGAAUCAUCCACAUCAGCAAC